AAAUUAUUCUGAUGAGUUCUUAUGCAUACUUGUUUAAAUUUAUUAUAAUCGGAGAUUCAAGUAAUUAGAUUGCUUAAAGAGUUAGGUGUUGGAAAAUCGUGCUUGCUUUUGCAAUUUUUGGAUAGAAAGUUUAAAUUGGAUCAUGACACUACAAUAGGAGUUGAGUUCGGAAGCAAGACUUUGAAUAUUAGAUAAAAGAACAUAAAGCUCUAAAUUUGGGAUACUGUAUAACUUAAUGUGUAUAUGUUAGGCUGGAUAAGAAAGUUUUAAAUCAAUCACUAGAUCAUAUUAUAGAGGAUCAAUUUGUGCAUUGAUCGUGUAUGAUGUGACAAGCAGAGAUAGUUUUGAGAAUAUCACCAGAUGGAUGGAAGAAACAAAAAGCUAUGCAAAUGAUAAAAUUACAUUAGUAUUGGUUGCUAACAAAACAGAUUUAUCGGACAAGUAUAAAUUGUAUGGAAAAUCUAUUAGAAGAGUGAUUUCGGCUGAGGAAGGACAAACAUUUGCCAAGAAGCACGACUUGAUUUUCGUUGAGGCCUCUGCAAAAACAGGAUUUCAAGUUGAUAAAGUAAUUCUAUCAUAAAAAUAUUAGAUCUUUUAAGAAGCAGCUGAAGCUGUAUUAAAAAAAAUAGAAUAGAGAGACAUUGAUGCAACAAAUGAAGUAUGAUAUGAUCUAAAUAUUAAGUCUAUUGGUGUAAGGAUAGGUUCGCAAAUGACUGAAGAAAUGGUGGAAAAGCAAAAAGAGUAAUAAAAACCAAAAUGCUGCUGA